AAAAGUCCUAAAAACACCAUGAAGAUAAAAUAUUAGUCCACCAGAUCCAGGCUCGUAUUAAAAUCAAAUAUAGCAGCAGAAUUAACCAAUUCCUUGGGUUAUUCGUUAUUCGUAAGCUAUCCUGUUCGGAUUCUAGCUACAACUAACCAACUUGAAUAUGAGCAAGGCCCCAUAAGACAUAGCUACUAAAUGAAUCCGUCCGAGCUACCGCCAGCUCAUAAUACAGCAGCUACACCCAAUAUACCAGCCAGCACGCCAGCCCCGAAUCUGACGGGCGUAGCGGCCGCAUUCGGCGACGACAGGCUUAGAGACUCGAUCAAAGAGCUCGCGGUAGCUACCGAAGGCCUGAUCCCGCUGAGUGUCUGCGUCCCCACCGACGAGACAUUCGCAAAUGGAUUUGAUGAGAUUGUAGGCUCUGAGGUUAUGCUAGCAGAAGACACCGACCCGGUAGAUGUUACAGAGUCCGAUACAGGUAGGGUAGGCGUUGGCGUAUCAGUCGACGUCGACGUGCUAGAUACUUGGCGGACGUUGAAGCUCGCGCUAGCAUAUCCAAUUUGUGCAACGGCUAUCGUUGCCACUGUUGUCAAUAUCGGAAUCGACUUCAUCCUGCUUAUGUCUAUUGGAUCUACUACACGGUACAAAGCAGACCAACCUACCAACUUGGAAAGCAGAAAGCUUCUCUAACCAAGCAAGAAAUGAUGCUACCAUAAUAUUAACCAAUUAUUAGUAACGACACCACGACUUCUUUAGGAGAUACAGUGCCGAUGAACAACUCUAACCAAGGCGAUCUACGUUCAAUCGCGGGGGUUAAGGAAUUACCUCCUCUACAGCCAAACUCCCACCACAGCACCAUAUAUAAAGAGGACGAUCUAUGUAUCCCCUAAACUCUACCAACGUCACAACAUGACGUAGACACGAGGUCUACUGUGUCACACCGUAAUGGAUUAACCAAACCCAUAAGUCCAUGACGAUCUUAGUUCCUCUCUUGAGAGACCUAAAAGAAGACUACAGGGUUCAGUGAAGAUCUUAAACUUCAAUUCCAUUCAUAGUUCUACCCAUAUCGUAAGUCUAGAUUAGAGGCUUCAUGUAACAGGAACAGAGCAUUUAUUACCUUCUUCUCUUUCCCU